AUGAGCACACGGAUUGACAGAGCGUUAGUUUCACACUCUCUACUUAAUUGCGUAACGGAGGCGAAACACAGGAUGGUACCGUACGGCUUGACGGACCACUGGUUUGCAGUGAUGGUGUCGCUUAAGUCUGCGUCAGCUGACGACCAUGGCCCGGGGCUGUGGAGGCUUCAGGCGCCUCAGGCUGGGGGUGAAGGUGUCAGAAAUAUCAUAUCGGCGGUGGUGGAAGCACAGGCGAGUCGACCGGAGCAGGGCUUGGAGAGGUUGGUGUCAAGCCUGCGUGCAUGCAUGAGAGCUCAUGUAGCAGAGGAGAGAAAGAGGGUUAAAGCGACCAUGGUGCACCUGGAAAAGAAAGUAGAGGAGCUCCGAUGGAAAGUGAUGGCGGACUCCUCCUCGCAGACUCUGUAUGAGGAGUUGGUUAAAAAUGAGGCGGCUCUCAAGCUCUACCAGGACAGCAAUAAGGAGCGGUUGCAGAUCCUGUCAGGGUUACUACAAGAAUUGGCGGGGGAAACACCAUCAGGCUUCCUGUCAGGCCUCGUUAAGUCAAGAAAGGCGAAGACAGAGAUUACGGAGCUCACCUACAGAGGGGUGUUGAGGAAGGGAGCAAGUGAGGUGUUGCAAGCGGCAUCGGAGCACUUUCGCGAGGCAUAUGCUUCAGCGCCGUCGCUUCCCCUAGCGGAACAGUGGCCGAUUGAGGAAAGCAGGAGGCUGCAGGACGCAGAUCGCUCGCAGUUAGUUGAGAUAUGGUCAGAGGAGGAGGUGUUGGCGGCACUUAAAGGCUUACCGGCUGGGAAGGCCCCGGGGCAGGAUGGUCUGCCGAAGGAGUUUUUCGAGCGGAACUGGGGGUUGCUGGGCCCGGCGGUGAUGAAAGAAGUCAGAGACUUCGAGGGGACGGGGACGCUUUCGGAGGCUUUCACGACAGCGGUCACGAUCCUCCUGCACAAAAAGGGGAGCAGAGAGGACUUAGGCAACUACCGUCCGAUAACACUGCUGAGUUUUUUCUUCAAACUGCUGGCGAAGGUGUUGGCGAACCGUAUCAAGGUGGUUCUACCCAAGGUGAUCUCACCCAAUCAGUUCGGCUUCCUCCCGGGACGGAGCCUCGCCGACGCUGUCUCACUGGUGGCGGAUGCGAUUGAUGCAGCGGAGCAGGAGGAUGAGGACUGGCUGCUGUUGCUGGUUGAUUUUCAGAAGGCCUACGACUCGGUGUCGCGAGAGUACCUGUUCAGGACACUGGGCAACAUGGGUUUCCCAACGAAGUUCGUGGGAUGGGUGAAGGGCCUGCAUGAUGGGGCGGCGACCAGGAUGCUGCUGAAUGGCUGGAUAAGGGAGCGGGUGGAGAUGGCCAAGGGAGUGCGUCAGGGCUGUCCACUUGCCCCAUACCUCUUCCUCUGUGCGGUUGAGCCGCUCUGCCAAGAAAUUGAGCGCAGGAAGCUGGGAGUAAGGAAGAGAGGGAUUAAGGGGGAUUUGGCCUACAUUGGUUAUGCCGAUGACACGACAUUGGUUCUGAGAGGGAAAGAGCAAGUGGAGGUAGCAGUACUACUUGGGGAAUUUGCGGAGGUCUCGGGGUUGAGGGUGAAUAGCGACAAGACAACUCUGAUGCCGCUGGGGAAGAACCUGAGGAGGCUGCAGCCGAUAGCUUCGCCUUUCAAAUGGGCAGACAAGGGCAAGUCGGAGCGGUUGCUUGGAAUCUGGAUCACCUCGGGAGGCUCACCGGGACCUGCAUGGGACAAAGCUUUUGAGAAAGUUAGUGCGGUGCUGAGCUGCUGGGAGACAAAGCACCUCAAGACAUCGGCGCGGGUCACAAUUAUAAACUGCUACGCAAUGCCGAUUCUGCUUUUCCAGGCGCAGAUUUACGCCCCACCAUAUGAAGUCUGGACCAAGGUGAAGCGGCUGUGCCAUAAUUUCAUCUCGGGCGGCAGAGCGCUGUUGGACAGGCAUUUCACUCUCUGGAGUUACGAGCUGUCGUGCAAGGGACGGAAGGAAGGUGGGCUGGGAGUGAUCGAUCUGAGACAUCGAAUCGACAGCACGGUGAUCCAGGGCUUGGGGAAGGCUCUGGUGGAGCAAGAACCACUCCGGAACUGGCUGUGGGAGAGAACGGCAGCGUUCCCACUUGGCCUGGCCACGAUAUACGCGCAUCCCUUGAUCCUGAAACAUUGGCUGGGGGGGGGCAUGAGGUGGAAGGCAGCGGUGAAAGCGCUCUGGGACUCGAAAAUUAUGGAGAUAGGAGACCCGGCUCACAGGUGGGAUGCAGAGGAGGAGCAGCUACUUUUCAACCGCAAAAUUUUCUUCAGAGGCAGAUCACCAUUCGGGAACCAAGCAGGCUCCCUCUGCCUGAAAGGCAUCCGGCUGGGGGACAUGGUGGCUAAGGGAGGGGAUGGCAGCAGAUCUCGUAAAAGCGAAGAAGCCCUGGAGCGGGAAUUAGGAGGGGAGGAACAAAGGAAGUGGGCCUUAAAAGCGUGGGAUGCGACACCGCAGGGGUGGAAGGAUUUGCGUGGUGAGAGUGGAGUUUCGGCGCGCUGCUCCUAUGGCCGUCAUUGA